AUGGCAGCCGAAUCAAGCUCGUCGAGGAGCUCCAUGGAGCGCUACGGGGAUGGUGGAUGCACUUUUUGGGAGUGGUUGGAUCCAAAGCCAACAGAUCAUCAGAUUGAAAUCCUUAUUGAUUUGCGAGAUGCAGUUAAGGCCCUACGUACCAAGAACCAGACUCUGGAGGUGGAGAAUAGUGAACUGAGUUAUUUGCUUGAUGAAGCACAGGCCAAGAUUGCCCAACUGGUGACAGAGAAUGAGAAGGCUACUGUACUUGCUAGGGAUCAAGAAGCCAAGAUUGCUGAACUGGUGAAGGAAAAGGAGAAGGCUAGUGUUCGUGCUAAGUAUCAGGAGGCCAAGGAGGUGCAGGGCAAGCUAGUGUUCAGUAAAGUUGGCAAGGCCUGUUGUCGUGCAGUGAUUUUUCUUGUCGUGUGUUUGGCACUUCUGGUGGCCAUGUUUAGUAAAGGUCCUGAGACCAUGAAACCACAGCUGCUGUGA